UGAACUUUGAGUUCCCUCCCAGGUUGUGAUGCACAUUCGCAUUUGCAUACAGAGGAGCAGGGCGCCUCCCUCCCUGGGUUGGUUUUUGGCGACUUUACUGUGCGCAGACGUUGUUACAGCAGAGGAGGAAUUAAACAGUCCGGUCCGGUGGGAUCAACCUCUGUCUCUAUUCCCCCCACUGAGAUCUCCGGAAAGAAUCCGCGGAUACCCGUCCAACUUUUUUCACCUCCGCUCUCCUCGCCUCUCUUCCGGCGUCCGUCACAGGUCUGAGCCCCGCCGCUCCACCGACAUCAUGUCCAUCCAGACGAGCGAGAAGACGACGCGGACCUUCAGGACGCUGGACAUUGGCUCCUCGAACCCGGUCCCCACCAGGACGAUGACCUUGGGUCGAGGUCCUACCAAGACGCAGACCGUGCAGGCCAUGCCGUACGCGCUCAACGGCUCCUACGAGUCCGUGCGCUACCUGAUGCCGAUGCAGCAGUCCGCGCCGCAGCAGUCCUACAUGAUCAUGCAGCAGCAGCAGCCGGUCAUGCAGCCGGUCAUGCAGUCCGUCAUGCAGCCGGUCAUGCAGCCCAUGAUGCAGCAGUCCGUCAUGCAGCCCAUGAUGCGCUCCGUGGUACAGCCGAUGUACGUGCAGACCCUUCCGCGCGUCAGCAGCACCGCCAACCACAGCCAGGAGUCCGAGCAGCUGGUGGUCCAGAAAAGUACAGUGGAGACCAACAGCAGGAAAUCCUCUUCAGUCUUCAGCCAGUCAUCCAGUCCCACCAAGAGUCCUGCGCCAAGCUUUGAGGAAGAGGACGAAGUCGUACAAGAGGUGGGGGAGGAUGAGUAUGUGGACGAUGGUGGAGAGGUGGAGAUCGAAGAGGUGGAGAUAGUGAACGUCGUGCAGGCGCCGCCGCCAUUGUCGAAGAGGAUGUCCAGGAUGGAGCUGAGCUCUGAGCUGCGGGAGAUGCCGGAGGCCCCGAAGCUGGACACGCGGUACUUUGGAGAGCUGCUGGCCGAGGUCUACAGGAAGAACUGCGACAUCCACUCCUGCAUCUCCGACCACGUGUCCAGGAUCCGCGGGCAGAAACACCAGCUGGAUCCCAGCAACGACUACAAGCUGGAGAGAGAUGAGGUGGAAGCUCUGAUUCCCAAGGGAGCAACUGAACUCACCAAACAGCAAAUGCGUUACCUGCUUCAGACCCGUCUCACCGCUGACAGGAGCAUGCGCCUGCUGCUGUCCACCUUCAGCAGCCUGAGGGAGGAGCUCAUGCAGAUGUCGGAGGACCUGCGGCGUCUGGAGAGCGAGAAGGAGUCCCUGGAGAGGGAUCUGAACUUUAAAGCUGAUCAGGCGCGCCAGUAUGACUGCCUCCUGGAGGCCGUCCGCGAGAACAACAGGCAGCUUCAGGUGUCUCUGAAGGAAGCCCACUCCACCCAGCGCUCUCUGGAGAGUCAGAUCAUGAGCUGCCAGAGCUCCGACUCCAACCGCCAGUUCAAGAUGAAAGAGCUGGAAGGAAGGCUAAGAACCAUGGAGAAGGAGAACGAGAUGCUUCGGCAGAAGAUAGCAGGCCAGGGCAGCAGCACCCUGCACAUAAAAACGGAGGAGCUGUCCCGUCAGUAUAGGGAGCAGCUGGACGCCAUGAGGCAGGAGAAAGACCAGGAGAUCCAGAGGCUCAGGUCCCAGAUAACAAAGAUCCAGAUGGAGGUCAGCAGCAGCACCAGCAGCUCGUCCUCCUCAGAGAGGAACCUCCAGCUGAAGAUCUCCGAGCUGCUCACGCUGUUGGAGAAGCGGCAGACCACCAUCACGCACCAGGAAGAGGAGAUCAAAAAACUCAGACAAGAGAAGAUCGACGGCUCCAAGAACGUCACAAAGACCAUCAUCACCAAGAGGUACAGGAAUCAGUACCCGAUCCUCGGCCUGCUCAGCGAUGAUUACCAAUCCACCUCACCGGUCAAAGAAGCAAAGACCAUCGUCAUUGAGAGAACCGGGGAGAUGAUCAAACAGGAAAUCAUUACAACCCCUUAAAGACACACUGCUUCUCUUCGACAGGAAUGAACGAACUACGAGAAGAAGCCGAUGUCGCCCUCCCUGCAUGCUCUUCCCCCUCCCCUCAGGGCUCUCUGGGUUGGUGGUGGUAAUAAUUUCCCUAAUCCUCCCGCACCUAUGAUUGGGAUCUUUUGGUUUGAACAAAUAAAGUUUGUCGCGUGGUGAUUUUUUUUUUUUUUUAACUGACUCUGCUUAGAAAUCCCAGAUCUGAGGAGUCUGCAUGUCCAAAAGUGACAACUGGGAAAUCUGUAAAGUUCACUUCCUGUUCAAUUACAAUCAUAACCUCAAUCAUUGUUACUAAUCUCAGAUUAAAAUCUGAGCUGAGAAACUUGUAAUGUUUUGUGGAAUCACAUCAUUCUCUGAUUCUCAUCUGUGAUCCAGAAAAACAUUCAUUCUGUGAGAGAAACAAACAUUUCAGGGUUUGCUUACAUCACUGACCUAAAUCUCAGCGUCACAGAGGAAUCUGGAUUCUCAGCGCAUCCGUGCACUGAAGUCGAUAAAAAGUCCAAAGGUCUCGGCGUGGAUGACGUUUCCCUCAAAGCCAGGAUUUUCCAGAGUCCAUGUUCGUCCAAACAAGUCCUGGAAAAUGUUUGCUCAGUUUCCUUCAAGCUUUGAAAAUAAAACCUAUGAUGAUAAAAUGAGAAAUCAUUUCAAAGACUCUUCUUUAGGCCUGAUGAGACUUACAGUUUCAUCCAAAAUUAAGGAUGUCCUUAAAGAAGAGAGUUAGAGAAAUCUGUGGAUGCACUUUUCCAAAAAAGUCCAAUUUUGAUUCUUUUUUUGUGGUUUUCUUUAUGGCGAGAACUACUGUGUAUGGCGGUGGGGGGCUUUAACCUCAACACCCCUCUGGACACAUUUAAAAGAACGUUUUAAUCCUAUUUAAACAAUAAAGACGUGAUUUACGGGACUCCUGAAGUUACGAGAACAUAAAAGGGAUUUACAAAGCAGCUGCAUCUUUUCUGAUAGACCGGUUCAGACUAGUGGAUGCAAAGACACUUUCACCUGCUUUGAUAUUUUUUUACAAAUGCGGUAAAGACUCAGAGAUUUGGGCCCAGAUCCACCUGUGGUUUCAAUGUCACCCAUAAAUGUUGCGUCACCUGCAGCCUUUUUGUGGCCCUUGUGUCAGAGGCUCGCCCUGCUUCCUGCGGGCCCCAGGCCUGUCAGCUGUUGCAGCUCGAUGGGACUCACCAGUUCCUGGUGAGUUUUGGACUCUGACUCGCGUGGGUCUCUUAAAGAAAAUGCUGUUUUUGACACGUUUUUCUGACACUUCUGUGAUGAUGGAGGCCGUAUAUGAAGAAAGUAAAGAUUUGCAAAUUGUAUUUCUGAGUAUUUCUUUUACUGAAACCGUCAUGGCUAAGGAGCAGACGAAAAAUUAGCCUAUUUGUGAUGUAGAAAAUAUGCUGGCCGGACCACCAGCUCCCUGCUCUGAGCUCUCAGCCCCGGGGAGGGAAAGGGGGGGUGGAGUUACUCCACAACACUGGUCCGACCCACAACUCAGAGGUGAAUUUCUAAUAGACUCCUGCCACUCUAAAAAUAGAUCUGAAGAUGAUGGGUUUGUGUCUGUAAGGCUGGAGUUUCUGGACAGUUAAGCUUUUAUGUUUGACCCUCAACGCCGUUUCUAUAUUUCUAUCUCCAGCAGGGAUUAAAAUGGAUUUGAGCCCAAAUUUUAGAUUUUGUCCGCAGGAAAGAUGACAGUUCACAACCAACCCCCCACCCCCAACACACACUCACAACCGAACCGUAAAUUCAUCUUCCAGUUGUCACCAACUCAGAAGAGUUCAAAUCUUUUUAUCCUGAGAUUGAGCUGUAAGCCACCACGCCCAUGCUUGCCCCGGGGACGAGGAAGUGCAUGCUUCACCACGACUGUCCUUUGCAUGUACAUGUGGAUGUAUGUUUGUACGGUGGGCGUGCUCGGAGAAUGUUUUCUGCAGAGCUGCUCUUAAGCUUCAACAUUUGCUUUGGUCUCAAACUGUAAUUCUGAGCUCUUCACCUGGAACUCGGAGCUGCACGGAGUCACAUGGAGCUUUGAGGUGUUUGUAUAUGUAUGUGGGACUUAAUGCAGGUUUGUAGCAACACUGUGUGUGUCUGUGUUUGUGGAGGGAGGGGUAGAAGAUAAGUGCCUAAAUCUAUGGAACUAUUAAAUGCUUUUAGGGGGAAUUAUGCGUUUUUAAAAAAUCCCAACCUGUCUCAUGCCUUUAGUUUUUUUUUCUUUCAGAUUUUUCCGUAGAUGUUUUCACUGAACUUUUGUUUCGGCCUUUGUGUCCACUGGGUUAAAGCCCAAAAGGCUCCACAGUUACAGAAAUCAAAGCACAAGCUGAGCUAAUAUAAGAAAUCUUUUGUACUGGUUUUACAUUUGUUGUGUAACUUCAGCUUUGUGACUGAAAAUGACUCAAAAUCCAAACAUUUUGGUCAGAAUGAGAACAUUUCAGGCUGAAGAAUUGUCCACUGAACACAAAUCUUUUUGAAGCGGCUUCAUCGUGUUUGUUAGCAGGUUAACAUCAGCCGUUGGCUUUGCUCAGAUCAUCCAUCUGUGAACGGCCAACAGUAAUGUUAACGCUGACCUUUUAUAACUGGAAUCACUGGAAAAUCUGUUUUAUUGUAGCAGAAAACCCAUUUAAUAAACUGUCAGGAGCUAAUACUACAUAAUUUUGUCUACAAAUAUGUUUGUAUCUAGUUUUCUUUAACCUCGCAAGAACAUGUUUGAUCUUUUCCAGGCUAAGAGGUCUUAACCUUUUUACAGAAUGAAAUGUUGCAGAUUUAAAUGUGAUUAAAUUUAGUAAUAUAUCUUUCCAAA